AUGAAUCAUUUUGAGAGAAAGAGACAAAUUGUUGACGAUGGCGCAGAUACACGCAAGGGCUUUACAGAUCACCUCUACAGUGCUUUGGAGUUGGCAGGAAUCCACACUUUUAGAGAUGAUGAUGAUGAAAUUGAGAGAGGAACAAACAUUGAAUGGGGGCUACAGACAGCAAUACAAGAGUCACGAGUAUCAGUCAUAGUUUUCUCCAAGGACUACGCCUCUUCCAGGUGGUGCCUGAAUGAACUUGCUAUCAUCAUGGAACGUAAAAGAAGAGAUGGACACAUGGUUAUCCCGGUUUUCUAUGAUGUGGAACCAUCAGAUGUCAGGAAGGCAGUUUUGCAGAAUCAUUUACUAGACAUGAAGAGCGCUUCAAGGACGAGAUAG